AGUGACCAUGAGUGAUCGAGGAAAAAAAAAAGGGAGGGAUAUGAAUGACAGAGGGAGGGAAAAACAGGAGGGAGGAGAGAAAAUGGGAGGUCUUUGAGAAAGAGGGACGGCGCGAGAGAAGCAUGCUUCCAGUGUUGGCUCGCUAAUACAGGCAAGAGGGGGAGAGACAGGGAGUAACACGUUCAUACACUCUCUCGGUCACACAUAUGCCUUGUCUCUCUCACACAUACAGAUACAGAGUCACAUACUGUCAGAGUUGCUACAGAAUCAGGAAGCGGGGACUGAAGAGAACUGGACCAGAACUGACAUAAUUGGACCUGCAGGACAAGGUUUCUUUCACAGGACUUGUACGGCAGGACCGGUGCUCGGAGAUGACUGACACCUAGAGCCAUUCAUAAAGUAAGGGGCAGAAAUCUGCAUCCAUCCUCUCCACACCUUCCUCUUCAUUCAUUCAUUCCUCUCUCCCUCGUGUCUCAGCGUGGGUGAAGGACACAGGACUGCCUGCUCCUCUGUGCUAGCUGCACAUCAUAGUGCACUCCUUCCUCUCUCCCUCUUUCUCCCGCUCAUUCACUCUCCGCUCUCUCCCUUGUUCCUGAAUGUCACCUCUGCAUGGGGGAGCCUGUGGAAUUUACAAACCGUUUCCCAAAGGCCAGAAAUGGAGCGAACGCUGAGGGGGGCUGAAAGAGGACAGAAUCAGUCUUCCGUCCAAUUCCUUUCAUCCUCGCUUCUCUUUCUGUCAUCCCUUAAUCUGGAUGUAAGCUUCUGGCAUUGAUUGGACUUGGUUUAGAUUUUUAUUUUUAUUUUUAAUGCAUCUUUAAAAUGAUUUCUUUGCUUUUGAAAUUGUGCCCAUUUUGUAAUUUAAUUCCACUGCGGAUUGCCAUGUUUGUAGUUUUUUUUCCUGGAACAUUUUUGAACAUUGCAAUUUGCGUUUUUUAAUCUGGCUCUCGCAGUGAUCACUGAUGUGAGAUACUGAGAACAUCUGGAGUCGAUGUAAAGCUGAAGUAUAUGCCAGAAGUUUCUCUGUGUGUGUGGAGCUGGGACUUACCAGACAGGUCAAGCUGCGACGGGACAACAGACAAGAGACACAGAACGGACAAAACUAGACAGAAGCAUACUCAGUCAGUGCGUAGCUCUUCCAACAGCAACAUGACUCUGAUAAUAACUCACUGUCACACUCGAGGUCCAACACUGGCAUAUCAGAGUGACUUCUGAAACACAACACCAGCAACCCAACCAACAACUUCAACAUCAAUAACAGCCCUCAAGUGACUUUUCUUUCAUUUGUAUCUUUCCGGCUGUGCUCCGUUGCACGUCUCCGUCCAUCAUCCUGGGUAUUUGGGUGGCUUGGCGGCUCAGUUACACCCUCCGUGCCCCUCGGGUGAGCUGGGCACAGCAAGAUGGCUGCCCUUGCCAGCUCGCUGAUUCGGCAGCGCAGGGAAGUGAAGGACCAGCAGGCCAACCGGCAGAUCUCCAACAAGCGCAAACCCUGCCCCAAGAGCAACAAGUCUCUGUGUCAAAAACAGAUCCUCAUCCUCAUCUCCAAAGUGCGACUAUGCGGCAGUCGAGGGAGAAAACUGGAGAAAAGGCCAGAGCCUCAGCUGAAAGGCAUCGUAACACGUCUGUACUGCCGGCAUGGAUUCUACCUCCAGAUGUUACCAGAUGGCACCAUGGACGGCACAAAGGACGAAAACAGCUCCUUUUUGCUGUUCAACUUGAUUCCUGUGGGUCUGAGAAUAGUCGCUAUCCAGAGCACAAAGACGGGCCUCUACGUUGCCAUGAACAGUGAGGGCUACCUCUACACUUCUGAACACUUCACGCCAGAGUGUAAGUUCAAAGAGUGCGUGUUUGAAAACUACUACGUGACAUACUCGUCCAUCCUAUACAGGCAGACGCAGUCUGGGCGAGCCUGGUACAUUGGCAUCAACCGUGAUGGGCAGGUCAUGAAGGGCAAUCGUGUCAAAAAGACAAAAGGAGCCGCCCACUUCCUGCCAAAACUCAUUGAAGUGGCAAUGUACAGGGAGCCUUCGUUGCAUGACAUCGGUGAGCAGAGUCCACCAUGGAAAACAGCCAAAACUUCAGACUCUCCUGUUAACAACGAUGACAAGAAUGACCCUUUGCCUCCUAAAACUAGCGCCUCCUAGCGACCGGAGGAUAUAAGACUGGAGCAUAUGCCAAUAUACAAAGGGAAAUGGCAUGGGAAUGAUAAAAACAGUCAAUGCAGUCAUAUUAUUGAUGCCAUUACCCAUGAUUCAGGAGCUCAAUGAACCCUGCCUGAUGGACUCCUCUUCUUCUGUUACCGCCUUCCUGUUUGAACCUGGGAAUUUUUUGAGCAAUAAGAACCCUGAGUCAUUCGGGGUGUAUGUUUUAAGAGAGAAAUGAGCUGUGAUACCAUUCAGCACAUUUUUUUUUUUUUUGCCUUUUGUCUGACCAAUGUCAGUUUCAAACACUGUCAUAUGACACUGGAAGAUCCUGACAUUUGGCUGUAUUGUUUUGGAACCAUCUGUUUGUGUUGUUGUGCGCAUCCUGUGCAGUCUUUCUCCUGUAUCUCUAAGCCGAGUGUAAUCUCCUCCUUGCCUUCUAGGCUGUUUGAUUAGUUUGUGACAUAGAGUCAAUUUUCCACUCCACAGCACAGGAAAAACCCACCAUGUACUCCAGGGUACCAUUAAAACACUUGCAUGCCUGUGUGAGGCUCACACACAAACACACCCACACACACAUAUAUAUAUAAAGAAUAAAAUUUGAUUUAAAAAGAAAAAAGAAAAAGAACACACACACACACACACACACACACAGGAGUAAUACAUUCUCCCCUUUCUGUAUGAUAAUGCUGUAAAGAUUUCCACCCCAAGGAGCUAAAAAGCUUUCUCUGCCCAUAUACAAUAGCCCCAAAACUGAUGAAAGUGUGUGUAUGUGUGAGAGGUGACUCGUAACUGUGGAAACUGAAGUACAUUAUCACUUUCUUUUGCUUUGAUUGGUUUUUGUCAGGAUGCCCUGGGAGUAAUAUUCCUGCUGCUCUCCUUAUUCCUCUUCCAUUUCAUCUUGUCUUUUCUUUUCUUUUCUUUUCUUUUCUCAAAAGCUGUUUAAGGCUGUUUAAUUUGCUAAGCAAUCAGUUUGGUGCUUUCUUCAAGUCCAUGGUCUUGUAAUCAAUGUUUGACCACAUUUGACCAAAGGCAAUUAUUGGAAAACCAAGCAUAAAUUGUCUUUCGUCUUCCAGUAUUAUAUAACAUUCUCAGCAGUAUCAUGUUCAUUUGAUUCAGAUUUUUUCCAAGUAACAGUGUCAUAUUUCAGCUCUAAUAAUAAUGUCUCUAAUAAUUUUGUGUAUGCUACCUUACAGGGCUUUUAAACCAUAAAAAUUAUCCACUCCCCCUGCCCAUGAAAGUCAGUCCCUAAUCAGAAAGGUCUUUCCUAAUUAGAGAGAACUUCUGAUUGAACUUGGUGAUAGAGUUCUGGAGCAACUGAAAUAACAAUAAGUCAGGAUCCAGCACCCUGAAAUAGUGUGCAACAUGGAAGGCAAAUAGAGCACACUGAGGUUACGUGCUGAUUGUAGAGAUGAAGAGAGAAUAGCAAUGUUGCUGUUUAGAUCAAUGCAAUAAUCUUCUCUAACUGCAUUAGGGAGGUAUAGUGAUGGAAAGAUAACAGAUAACAGUUAACAGACUGCUUCAUCAGUCUUAGGAAUCACUGGCGUUUAUUUAUCGCACUGAAAAACUGGUUAACUCUAAAAUUGAAUAACACUGAAACAACAAAUACAAACUUGCUUUAGAAUUUGUAACCAUGAAUUUAUUUUUAGCUCUAAAUGCCUUACAAUACAACAUUAUAGUACGGGGGGGACCCUCUGUACACUCUGAAGGGCUAAUUUCAUCCAUAAAGUUAAGCUAUUCUCCAAAUAGCUGUGGUUUGUCACAUAUUCUCUUCAUAAUCCAAACAAUAGGCCAAAACAAUUUCCUAAUAAUGAAUAAAAGAUGAGUAGGGACAGAAAAAAGUACGUGGAUGUUUUCAUAACUGAAGGAAAAAAGGAAGACGCCUUGGAGGUUAAACCUGAUUAAGACCUAGUGGCCUGGUCUAAUUAAUGACUUCAAUUACGCUGCUAAAUUGUUCUUUUAGUCUCUUAUACUCCCUCAUGCCACAUUGUCUCAUGUGCCGAAGGCAGAGCUUGAGAUUUGCAUACGCUUUCACAAAUCAGACCAUUUAAAGACCAAGGCUGGUUUCUACCAUAGCCAGUUACAGAGGAGAUUUACAGAUGUUUUUAGGCUAUGUAACUAGCUGAGAUUCAUCUAUACUAAUUAUGCUACAAAUAUUAACGCUGUGGGAGAAUUUCAGAAUGGUUUAGAUUACUUAAUAUUAAACAAGGAGCUGUAUUUCUUAGCAUGUUUUACUCUGGAGAAAGUAUCAGAUAAACUAGCUAGCUGCUAAAUGAUUGCUAUUGAAAGCCACUUUUAUUCAUGAGAUCAUUUUAACUGUAUGUCUGCAUGUUUUACAUGAUUUUCUCAGCUUUCUUCUAGCAAGAUAAGCCUGAGGACAAAACAUCUGAAGUGGUGGUUAAAAGAGAGGGGAGAACUUGUUGUAUAUUGUGAAGUUCUUCAUUUUGUUCCUAUGCCUGGCUACUGUUGAAGUAACUUGUAUAGACAAACAUUAAAAAGGUUUUGUGUUAGAAUAUGCAUACAGCAAAAGCCUACACCAAUUAUCACUUUAUUUGAUACACUGAGUGCUUUCAUUUGAUACACUAACUGCCAAAUUCAAGUCAUAGCUAAAUAGUUAUGUGGAAUUGAAUUCAGAGUUGAAUUGGUGCUGAUGGCGGUAUAUUUUGUAUAAUUGUUGUUAAUUUAUAUUUAUAUCAGUUUAAUUGUGUCACAAACUGAGUGGGAAGGGGAUGCGGUUGUGAG